UUCUACCAUCAUAUCUUGAAGAAAUUGUGGUGAGAAGACAGUAGUUUGACUCAAUCAUAGAUGCACUGUUACUUUUAUUUUGUUUUUCCAAAGUAGAGUAACUCUAGGUUGAAGUUGCUCUAAAACAAAUAAAUAAUAACAUUUUUACAUUAAAUUUAAAACUUUGAAGAGAGAUUUUGGAAGACAUGACACAAAGCCCCUCUCUAGAUACCCAACCUGUGGACGGCAAUCAAGGAAUUAAUGAAAGGAGGCAAGGUAUUAAGGACAAGUGUAUGAUGCAUGCAGUGUGCAUUUCAUUGAUAAUAGCAUUAAGCUUCUUGCUUAUUAUUUCUCUAAUUAGUUUAAAGGUUAUACACCAGAGUAUUCAGCCUUUCUGCCCAGAAGCCUGGAUUGGUUUGCAAAAUAAGUGCUAUUAUUUCUCUACAGAAGAAGGGAAUUGGAAUUCAAGUAAAUAUAAUAUCAGUCGAGGUGCUUACCUAACUACAGUAGACACUAUAGAAGAAAUGGAUUUUCUUAUGCGAUUCAAAUGCAUUUCUGAUCACUGGAUUGGGCUAGAGAUGACAGAAAAUCAAACACUACAAUGGGUGAAUGGAACCAUAUCUAAAAUAUGGUUUCCUGUGAGAGGACAUGAAAAAUGUGCUUACCUCGACAGUGUUGGUGCAGCAACUGCUAGAUGCUACACAGACGGAAAAUGGAUUUGCAGGAAGCAACUGCACUGAAUUCAUGUUUCUAUAGUGGUACUAUAUGAUGUGAAUGGUUUUUUGUAACUGUUUUUCUCUCCCUCUAAAUAAGUUCAUUUUCAACACUACUGCUUUCCUGUUACAGCCUGACAAAACAUCUCAAAGUUUUAAAAAUAGCUUCCUUCAAUUUAUUUUUCUACUGUUCAGACAGCCUGGAGCUUUGCUUUUCUGUAAUAUUUUAGAAGAAUCUUGUAAUUUCACAGGAUCUAUAGGUCAAUUUGAGAAGUGAUGGGUUUACAGUGUUAUUUUUGUAUUCAUUUAUAGGUUUUUGUAUUGGUGUUGGUCUUCUUGUGUGAUUUCUAAUUUUUCUAAUAUCUCAUGUAUGUUAUUUAUUAUAUGUGCCCCUAUUGAAUGUAUCUGAUGUUUAUGUUAUUGCAAUUAUGUGAUUUUAUUGUUUUUUAAAAUAGUGUUUUAUAUAUGGAAAUGUAACUGUUUUGGUUAUUAUGGUCAACAUACAUUCUGAAAACUCCUAAUUUCUAAUAAUUUGUGGAUUUUUAAAAAAUAUUGUAAAACAUAGCCCUUAAUGAUAACAGUUUUAUUUUUUCUUAUAACUGUUACUUAAUUUUUGUCUUAUUAAAAUGUGUAGGACUAACCAGGAUAAUAUUGACAGUGAAUAUUUUGUAUUUGUUUCACAUUUAAAGAAA